AAGCUAGGGUGAGCUUGCAGGACUGGAGCUCCGGUUCGGGAGGGGGCGAGAGAAGGAGGGAGGAAGAGAGAAAGAGUGGGGAGGAGAACUAGAGAGAGAGAGGGGAGAGGCGGUGGCCGAGAGAAGAGGGAGAGAGAGGAGGGCCUCAAAGUAAAGUGGUAGCGCACUUAUUGGGAGAGCCUCUCCCCCUCUAUACCGCCCACCACUCCCCCUCCCUCCCGCGGCCGAGCCCAGAGGGCUGGGGGGGCGGGGAGAGCGGCCUCCUCCUCCGCCCCCUCUCCUCCCCAAAGUUGCUGUUUGCCCCGGAGACCCGACAGUCUUAUGAUACAUUGUAUCCUCGGGAGAGGUUGAGGGCGGGGAGGUAGAGGGGUCGGGGACGCAGAGGCAGCGGCGGCGGCGGCGGCAGCAGCAGAGGCAGCGGCGGCGGCGGCGCCCAAGGAGGAGGAGAGGAGGGGGUGGAGACCGGAGCGGCCACGGCGGCGGCAGCGCCCCGGGCCCGCCGCCCCCUCCCCCGGGGGCCGCCGCUGCAUGGGGCUGGGGGGCUCCCCCUGCUGUGCUGAGCCGAGGCGGCGGCAGCUGAGCCCCCAAGCGGGCUGGGGCUGAGCCGGGGGCCGGGGCGGGGGCUCCGGGGGGACCAUGCCUGGAGGCCGGCCGGGCGCAGCAUGGCUCACGGGCCCGGCGCGCUGAUGCUGAAGUGCGUGGUGGUCGGCGACGGGGCGGUGGGCAAGACGUGCCUGCUCAUGAGCUACGCCAACGACGCCUUCCCCGAGGAGUACGUCCCCACUGUCUUUGACCACUAUGCAGUCAGCGUGACCGUGGGUGGGAAGCAGUAUCUCUUGGGACUCUACGACACAGCUGGUCAGGAAGACUAUGAUCGCCUGAGACCUUUAUCUUAUCCUAUGACUGACGUCUUCCUUAUAUGUUUUUCUGUCGUAAACCCAGCCUCCUUUCAAAAUGUGAAGGAGGAGUGGGUACCAGAAUUAAAGGAAUAUGCACCGAAUGUACCCUUCUUAUUAAUUGGAACCCAGAUUGAUCUUCGAGAUGACCCCAAGACUUUAGCAAGACUUAAUGAUAUGAAAGAAAAACCUGUAUGUGUGGAGCAAGGACAGAAACUAGCAAAAGAGAUAGGAGCAUGCUGCUAUGUGGAGUGCUCAGCUUUAACACAGAAGGGCCUGAAGACGGUUUUUGAUGAAGCUAUCAUAGCCAUUUUAACUCCAAAGAAACACACAGUGAAAAAAAGAAUAGGAUCAAGAUGCAUAAACUGUUGUUUGAUCACGUGAGACAGGGGUCCACUGGCCAGGAAUACCAUGUAUUUCUUUCUCACUAUAAGAAAUGGUACAGAUAAAUAGACCUCUUGCAGGUAAAGAAGUUUAGGAGCUGAGGUCAAGAAAGUAACUGCCUUCAGAAAUAUGUGAAGUUCAUUAAGAAUAGCCAUCCACAGGCCAGGAAGCAGAAAACAGCAUCUGAAGCCACAAUCUGUUACAAAUACUUUAUUUCAGCUAGAAGGUACAAUCUCUCAGGGGUUUCAUAGUUUAAAAAGCUACAACCACACCAUCUUGCAACUGCAUAAAAAAAUGCUGUAAAUGGAAUUGCUUGGCUCUGUAGUAAUACUUCAGAAGGUUUGAAUCUUCUGCUUUGACCACAUAAAUUUCUGCACAGUCUUUAUGGAAUCUGCACAAAGAAACACCUUCUCUUUUUGCUCCACUUAUCUGCUCUUGUAUGUGAGCUGCUUCCUGUUCCUGUAAAUCCAUACAGGAGAGAUGAGAAGACCAGCCAUGUAACCAAAGGUGGCUCCCAGCGUACAAGAGAUGGGCCAGACCUAAGGAAAGAGUGUGGAAGACAAGAGGGAGAAUGUUUUGUACUUGAGCACAAGUUCUGUGUAAUCUAAACAUUUCUAUUUUAAAGCUUAACAUGCUUUCCUAAUGAAUGCCAAAACUGUAAUAAGAUUGUAUCUGCAUUUAUCAUGAACACUAAAUGCUGUAUAGUUUUUAGUUGAUGUGCAUUAAAAUGUAUCUGGGCAUCUGCCAACUAUAGAUUUAGUUUGAUCUUCCCAAAACUUGCAUGAUAAAAAACAUGCUAAAACUUGAGUUUUGGGUCAGAUUUAUUAAAUAUCCUCCCAUUCUGCUGUAUAUUUUGGGCUCAAUUAAGAUCUCCAAAGCAGUUAAUUUUUAUAAAAAAAAAAAUUUUUUUUCUUGCCCUGUUGCUGUGGAUGUGUACACUGGACGAAUAAGAAAAAAUAUAUGGUCACCAAACACAGAAAAACCUUUGAACUGUAUAAAACAGGGGAAGAGAACUAGAAAUCCAAACAUGUUACAUGAAAUUGAUCACAGAGCAGAUAGUGUCAAAAGAAGUCCUUUUGGGACACCUCCCCUCCUCCUCUUCCCCCAUUCCACCACACCCCCCCCCCCCCCGCCCAAGAACUAGGAUUGAAUGUCCUAUAGGUUUCAUUUCAGACUUGAUAGGAUAAUAAACACACAGAGCUAGAAUGGACUUAGUGAUCAUCCAAACCAGGGGUUCUUAACUUUGUUUGUUUCAUGGAACCAUCUCAGAAUGUUUUUAAAUGCAUAAACUAAAACACAAAGGAUUUCAAAAAGGAAACCAAAUUUUGAAAUAAAGUUAUCAAAAUAUUUUAAAAAACAAGUUCAUGGUCAUUAGGUUAAGAACUCUUGAUUAUAGAUCAACUACCUCCCUCAUUUUUAUGGAUAGGAAAAUUUGGGGUUCAUAGAGGUGAAGGGACUUGCCCAAGAUUAUAUAAGUUCUAAGUGGUAGAACCGGAAUUUGAAACCAGAUCUUGACUCCCACCUCCCACUCUUCUUUUAACUCUAGCCUCUUAAUCAGUUUCUUGAGCCUUAAGAUUAAUGCAUUACAGGGAAGGAAUAAGGAAUGUUGAUUUUAUUUGCCCAUUGGAUCACAGAAUUUCAAAGCUGGAAGGCGUUUCAAGAGGUUGUCAGUCCAAACCACAUGUGAAAAAGGAUCCUCUCCACAAUAUGCUCCCUAGUUUUUGUUCAGAGAGCUCAAUUCCCAUUUCCCCUUUUUAGCUCUUUAGGCCAAAAUUUUUUUCUCUGCAACUUCUGCCCUAAUUUGUGGUGCCCAUAAUUGAAGUUGAUAUUUCCACACACGGUUUGGUUUGCUUUCUGAUUCUGCCUAACUCAGGUGUGAAUCUAUCUCUAUUAACUUUCAUCUUCUUAGAUUUGGCCCAAUAUGCCAAACCAUUAAGAUCUUUUGAAUCCUUUCAUCCAGUACAUCCCUCAUAAUUCUGAGUCAUUGACAUAUUUAAAAAGCACAUCAUCCAUGCCCCUAUCCUAGUCACUGAUAAAAACAUCAAACAGCACAAGACCAAGCACAGAUGAUUCUAAGACUUCUCCAUUUGGGGUCUUAAGCUGACACCAAACCAUUAAAAAUUACUAUUUGGACUACCCAACCAUUCAACUCAUUCCAAAUUCAGCUAAACAUAAUAGCUAGCUUAUUAUUUUCCCCCCAUUUCAAUCCCCCCACAAGAACAACAUGACAGCAAAUAUUUUUAAACAAAUAUUUUAGUAAAUUGUACCUCAUUUGCCCUGUUCUACCACUGUAGGAAUCACACCCAAAAUCAAAAUGCACUAACUAACUCUGAACAUCCUAGUCAUGUGGCUCUUCCAUCACUCUAUUCUUUUUGUAUAAGUUCUCCACUUUCUGAGAUUUUCCCAGGAACUGAUGUCAAAAGUUCACUGGCUCAUAGUUGGCAGAGAACAUUUUCUUCACAAUUUUGAAAAAUGAGGGCAUUUGCCUUUCUUCAGUCCUGUAGUACCUCUCCCAUUUUCUUGGUACAGGUUGUGCAAUCUUAAGGAAAAGGAUUGGUUGGUCUUUUUUUGUUUGUUUUAUUUUAAAUAUAUUCAUCUGUGAGUAUAUAUUUUAUUAUACUGGAAUUUCUAGUCUUUGACAUGCAUAGCAUGGUAUGACUUUAAAGUAAUACUUAGUUUUUACAGCAUAAUCCUUUUGGUAAAGGAACCCCUUUGCUAGAAGUCCAAGACAAGCUGGCCUAGUACUAAAUAACAACACUCAUGUAAUCGUUCAAACAAGGUUCAAUUAUCCUGAGAGUAGUCAGAAACUAAGGCAAAUUUUCAUUCUUAUCAAGUAUUUAUUAAAUAUAUAUGCCACUACAUACCCUCAUUACUAUGUCUAAAUAUAUAGUACAUCCUCAAAUCACCUGUCUCCAACUCUUAUAUAAACAUAGAAAUCAGGCAGAUAAUUUUAACCUCAGAGUACCCUACACCACCAUUUUUUUACUUGACUGUAAAAUGUUAAUUCUCCAUUUCCACAUUUCAGAGUCAAGAUAAUGUAUCCAAUUCAAGUGGCUAUGAGGAUUGUAGAACAUCUAGUUUUUAUAGCCCAAACCAUGAUUUCUAUUAUAUUCAGUCUAAUUUCUAUAAGGUUCUAGGCAUAAGCUGAUUAGUUACCAUGAUUAAACUGCAUAUUUCUAGGUAAUGGAACAUAAGAUUGUUCCACUUGAGAAAUAUUUCAGUACUUAAAUGUGCUGUCAGUCAUUACAUCAUAAUACAAUGGCUUCAACUGUAUGUUAAGACUAUAGGAAAUGUUUUUUUUAAUACAAAGGCUUCUGCAGAAUAAUAAAUGUUUACAUCAUG